GCGAGUUGAUCGAGAUAGGUGCAUUUUGACAGCCGUUCAUUCCUAACCGUCGGAUAAUUUCGGAAAAGAAGCCCACCAGGCCCAAGCAUCACGCACGAACCCUUCUCUCAGAGCCCGUUCACGGCCGCCGCCACCUAGGUCUGCGCCGCCGUCGCUGGGUGUCGCCGCCGAUCAGUCUCCGCCAACGUAGCCAACGCGUGGGACUCUCCCUCCACUGGUUCUUGCUGCGUCGUGUCUGCCUGCAUCCGGAUCGCGCCACUGUUCCAGCAGUAUUCCCCCAGUUAACCGCCAAAGCGCUGACGAGUCACAAACUUCGAGAUGGUGGCGGCGGCGGCUGCGGGGAAGCGGAAGCGAGAUCUCUCCGAGGACGAGGUGUACCUCAUCCUCCACAAGUACUCGCCCGCGACAAUCCUGACGGCGCUUCAGGAGGUGGCGCAGCACGCGGAGAGAAGGAGCAUCGACUGGAGGGCGCUGGUGGCCAAGACAGCCACGGGGAUCACCUCCGCCCGCGAGUACCAGAUGCUUUGGCGCUACAUCGCCUACCGACAUGACUUCAUCGAGAACGCCGAGGACAUCGGCGCCCAGCCUCUGGGUGAUGAGAGCGACUUGGAAUGUGAGAUUGAACCCUUUCCUAAGCCGAGCAACGAAGCUGCAGCUGAGGCCUCCCGGUUCGCGAAGAUCUUAAUCUAUGGACCUUCACGUGAGCAAGGUUCUAGUCAUUGUGUUAACUCAGAAGUUCCUCUGCUAAACACUCCAAAUGAGAAGAUACCGCGUGUUCCAUCUGACAAACAGCUUGCUCAGAGCCAUCGUCUAACAAAUGGUACAGGUCCAGUUUCCAACUCAAAACAGGCAUCCCAUACAGGGUUAUCUCCUGAUCCUUUUGAUGGGAAUGGACCUCAUAAAAAGACAAAGAAGCCUAAAGCAUGGUCCAACAAGGAGGAUGCAGACUUAAUGGAUGGUGUACAUAAGUGUGGUGAAGGAAAUUGGCUGAACAUUCUGCGUAAAUAUAACUUCGAUAGCACAAGAACUUAUGUUCAAUUGUCUCAGAGAUGGGCAGUCAUUUGCAGGCGUCAAGGAACAACCAAGCUUGCUAAAGUUAAAUCAGUCACCACGGAGUUCGAUAUAAAAGCUACUCAAAAGGCAUUCUCUAUGGCUCUUGAUAUGCCUAUGGGGAAGCCUGGUGGAUUCUCUACAUUAAGAUUAGGAGCUUCACAACAAAGCGCUCAACAUCCUGCUCCAGUAUUCGUUGCUGCGGCACCCGAGUUAAAAUGUGCAACAUCCUCUUCAUCACUCCCGUUGCCAGUACCAGUGUCAGCACAAGGGCAGAUUCCACUUCCUCGGGUGCAACCAGCUCCUGCUCAAGCUGCAGCCUCAAAAGUGUCAAAUACUUCAAACAAGUCACAAAAUAGCUCUAAGAAGCAAAAUGCACAAGCAAAUCCUACAAAUGCUCCUUCCUCGAUACAAGCUGCAGCUAUUGCUGCUGGUGGACGAAUCGCCCCAGCAAGCAUCGCCACCAAUUUAUUGAAAGCUGCACAAUCCUCGCAAGCUGUGCACAUAACCCCGAAAGCUAAGCACAUAAGACCUCGAGGAAAAGGAUCUUCAAAAACUUCUACAAGCUCUAAAGCAUCCACUAUGGCUGGUGAGCCUGGAACACAGCCUGGUAGUGCUGAACACCCAGAACUUCCAAACUGUAGUGCCCCUACACCAUCUCCUCCGGUUUUGAUAACACAGUCAAUUGAGCAAGUUAAUGUUGUGUCAGAAGUUGCAGGAGUUAACCCCCCUGAACAAUCUGCUAGUGCACAUUUGUUGGAACCUGAUAGAGCAUUGAGCACCACACCAGUGUCUGGCCCAUGCGACAAUAUGGAGAUGGACGACGACUCUACAUUUUGUGCAGUCACGAUGGAGGACUUGUUUCCUGAAGACGUGAAGCAGCCGGAGAUGGUGAAGCAGCCAGAGAUAGUGAAGCAGCAUGAGAUGAUAGACCCCAAAGGUGAGGAGAGCAUAGAUCCCAAGGAUGCCGACAUGCUGGAGUUCGAUCGCUUUGUUGCCCAAGGAUGCUUGACUACAGAUUGUUUGGAUAAGAGCAAAGGUGUCAAAAUUGCUCCUGGAGCUCAAGGUGCUAUUCCCAGCCAGAAGAAACAACCGAAACAGCAACCCACAGUUGUGAAAAGCAUCCCUGCGUCUGCUAGAGCACCAGCAACCGUGAAGAAGACCAAAACUCUAGCUUCACAUGGGGCGACCUUUCCAUCAACAGUCACCUCUAGUGGCCUUGUUGGCACAGGCAAUGCUGGUGUGCUGAGUAAAGCAAUAUAUCGGAAGUCACCUGGCCCAGGCACCACAGGCAAACAAAAUAGGUGCCAAGAAAUUAUGGCCCAGAAGCAGCAUGCUAUGAGCUCAAAUAGUAGUGCAAUGGCCAGGAAUGCAGCUCCUGGCGUCGGAACACCAGCCAGGAAUGCGGCUCCGGGGGUUGGAACACCAGCCAGGAAUGCGGCUCCGGGCGUUGGAAUACCAGCCAAGAAUAUGUCUCCCGGUGCCGGAACACCAGUUAGGAAUGCGGUUCCAGCCACCGGAACACUAGCUAAAAAUAUGGCUCCUGCCACCGGAGCACCAGCCAGGAAUGCGGCUCCUGGCACUGGAAUAACACCAGCCAGGAACUUGCUUACUGGCACUGGAACACCACCAGCCAGGAACUCGCUUACCGGCACUGCAACACCACCAGUCAGGACUGCGGCUCCUGGCACUGCAACACCACCAGUCAGGAACCCGGCUCCCAGUGCUGGAACUCCACCAGGCAGGAACUCGCUUACCGGCACCGGAACACCAGCCAGUCGCCAAUAUACCCCAGUGGUGAAUGGGGCUAGCAAGGGGAAUCCACCUGCCAGCCAAUAGCCAGGCGAACAUGUGUGGACAGUGGGGAUUGACAAUGGCACCUCAAGAUGUUCGUUCCCUCUGCAUAUGCUGCCUCUGAAACUGGAGUUGUUUUGACGUGAGGAGAUUUCCUCCAGUGCAUGAACUGAUUGUUGGAUUAGCUGUUAUUGGUAACAGAAGAUGUGUGUAUCAGGCUGCAAGCGGGGUGGGUGGCGGUUGCCCGCCACAGGCCAAAGCGGGCGCCAGCACAAGGUGCGGGCAUUCGCGGGUUGCCGCCACACUCCACCAGGAUUAGUGCGGGAGCCCGCCACACACCCGCAAAUUGGUGUCCAUAGCUCAGACGUCAGAGUACAGAGGAGCCCCCAGCGUGUACUAGAGCACUAGCGCUUAUAAUUAACGAAAAUGAGAUGUCUAUGUGAUUACCCACGUGACUGGUCUUGCAUCGAGGUAUAGCAGGUCAUUGCUAAUAUAAAUUCAGAUCAUGUUACUAUGUCAUCGGCACGUGCUUGCUAAUAUAAAUUCAGAUCAUGGUACUAUUUCAUCGACACACAUUAUAUGGGGUGAGGAGGUUUUGGUUGCAAUUGUGAUGCACAUCUAUGUUUGUUCAUAAGAACUGAUAGGCACAAGAUGGAACUUUGCUUUUAUUUUUCUUAUGUCAGCAGUUCUGAACAUAUGUGGAGUUCUUUUGGGUCUUCUUUUAAUCAUAAUUUAGAGACGAGAAAUCUUUAGUAGUCAAGUGAAGUAUUAGUUUUCGUACGUGUGAGGCCAUAUUGAAUCUAUGUAUAUUUUGUUGCCUAACAGUGUGUGAUGCUCUUCUUGAAACCUUAGUUUGCUGAAUCUUUCUAGAAUGUCUCCAUACCUGUUCAUGUUUAUUAUGUGCGGUAUAUAUGUUCUAAGGUAAUAUUAUUGGAACUCUUCUUAGUUUCCAGAAUAGAUAUGCAGUUAUGCACUUGUAGGUAUUGUACAUUUUGUCACAAAAAUGGGGCAUUAUUAUUUUUGGUUAAGAUGUGUUGCAGGUGGUUCAUCAUCCUUCAACGAUUUUGGAGUACCCUGGAAGUUGCUAAAUUAGUCAUGUCUUGCAUUUUAGGAAGUGAUAUUCCAAAAGGUCGAAGCAAAACCAACUUAUUUUGAAUUAUUAUUAGUUCUCAAACUUAAGUGUUUCUCUUGCUUAUGAUGAUUGUAUGUUUGUAACUAAACUAUAGGCAUGCACAAAAGAUCAAUGCUAUGCUACCUUAGGACGAUUGUAUUGUUCAGUCUGGAGCAAAGAAAAUUCUUUGUAUUA